GAGCAGCGGAGCGCCGCGCUGCUCCUCUCAGGGCGCCGGAGGGGCGGUGCUUGUCGUCGACGACCCAGCCCUCAAGGCCGCGGGGUUUGGUUGCACACAGGCUGCAGUUUCAGUUUGUUUUAUUCACCAUUUUGAGUAGCUGAAGGUAAAAAAAUUAAGAAUAUUUGCGUGUAGAGGACAAGUCGCUGCCGUACUUUUAUUUUCACGCGCUAGCUCGGACGGUGGAGUUGUGCGUCAGCCUCGCUCCCCUCGGUGUUUUGCAGAGCGGGAAUCUAUAUUUCUUUUUUUUUUCCCCUGUGCUUUUUCUUCUCCCCCCUUUCUUACAUCCUUAACCUCUACAGUAUUCCUGCAAAAUGUCAAGACCAGUGAGGAACAGGAAAGUGGUGAACUACUCACAAUUCAACGAGUCUGACGACGCAGAUGAGGAGUACGGUGACAAUAAGCCUAAGAAGGUGCGCGCAGCCCCUCGUGAGCCCAAGCACAAGCGCUCAAAGAACUCACAGGAUGACAGUGAGGAGUCUGAUGACAAGCUCUCUAAACCCAAAAAUGAUUCAGCAGAUGACUUUGGCAGCGAUGAUGAAGACAAUGACUUUGGAGAAGAGGAGGAUGAAGACGGAGGAAGCGACUAUGAAGAAAAAAGAGGGAAGAAAGCAAAGAAAGCGAAGGUGGAGAAGCCCAGCAAGAGGGGGCCGAAGAGAAAACGGGCUGCAGAUGACAGUGAUGAUGACAAGGAAGUGAGUCGAAAGCGUACAGUGCGCCAGGCGGCCUCCAAGGCUGUGUCCAAACAGAGGGAGAUCCUGCUGGGUGAUGGAGGCAGCGAGGAUGAGGAGCAUGAAGACCAAGAGGAAUCUUAUUUGGACCCCGACGAGUCCGGCAGCGAUGAGGACUUCAUGGUGGAGGAUGAUGAUGACAGUGACUAUGGUCGCUCCAAGAAGAGAGGCAAGAAGGUGAUUCGACGGGGACGGCCGGACAAGAAGGAGAAGAAAAGCCCCAAACCCCGACUAAAGGCCACAGUGACCCCCAGCCCAAUGAAAGGAAAGGGGAAGGGGCGCCCCAGCGCCAAGGCCCUGGAGAAGAGCUCACCCAAAGAGGAGGAAGAGGAGGACCCCGAGAGUCCCCUAGAGGAAGAAGAGGAGGAGGCAGAGAAGAAAGAGACCUCCCCCGCCCCCAAGACGACGAAGGAGGCCGCAGGAGGAGAGGAGGAGGAAGACGAGGAGGAGGAGGACGGCUCAGAAGAGGAGGCACCCUCUGGAGAAGACUAGAAGAUGGUACCUGCUGAAGCCCAUCCUCCAUGUGUCUCUCUCUGUCUCUUCUCAACGUUUUUGUUUUCUUUUGUUGCUCAGCAUUUAGAGUUGUUUUUCCCCUUUUUCUUUUUUUGGUUUCUUUUUCUCCUGGUGGCCUGGCUCAAUGGUUUGGACUUGUGUGCUUUUUCUUGUUUUGCUUCCCCCCCCUCCAACCAAGACAUUGUGCUCAAGUGAGUUUUCAGUUUUCAACACCAGAGUUACAUUCAGCCUUACCCACCCUCCUGUCUUGAUCAUUUCUAUUCUACAUUUUAGACAAGUUUCUGUCUUUCCAAGAGCUCAGUGCUAGUGAGCAUCCGUCCUGAGUGUGAACAAACCACUUCACUUGUGUUUGUGGUUUUUUUUGUUUUUUUUUUCCUCCCCUGGGAUUAUCAGAGAUCUGACACGACUGGGCACCCACUUUUUUCCUGUUUACUUUACUGACAGCUGCGGUUACCGGGAGGAUUGUUCAGAGCCUCUCGGUAUCGGGAACUAAAGCGCUGUAUUUACAAAGCGAUGUUAAGCCUUUCCCCUCUCUUUGGUACUUUGUGCUUUUAAACCAGGAGCAUGUUUUAAAUGGGCAGCGUUAGUUAGGUAGUUGUUUUAACCUUUAAAACUGUUCUUUCAGUUAAAGCAGCGUCUUUUAAUUUUAUUUUUAAACAUCACCCUGCUUGUUUCAGACUAUAUUGGUACCCUGAACUCCAGCUUGGCUGCUGCUUCGUAGAUCAGUUCAAACUGUGCAAGGUGCGUUCUGUAGACUGGCGGAGUGGUGGGUCACCGCUGAGUGUUUUCUACAUGCCGGACUGCCACAUCACACGUUUCAAGCCAGCAUGUGUGUGUUUUUAUGUACUUGUUUAAAUUUGUAUGCUUGUGGGGAUACUUUCUGUUAGAGGGUCUGGCUUUUUUUUCUCUCAGCCCAUCAGCUGCCUAUGUGAAACGGUUUCUGUUGUCUGUUGGGCUUUGUAAUGAUGCACCAUGCUACGUGAAGCAACCCCACCCCUUUCAAAACACACGAUCCCCACCUCCCUGCAUGGCUACGGCAUCUUCUCAACAUUCAACCCCUUGUGCCAGGCACCCCUAAAUCUUUUUUCGUUUUGUUUUUAUUUUUAAGAAAUGCAAGAACAGAUGUUUCUCUUUUCUUUUCUUUUUUUUCGAGAGUUCAAAAAAUGAAUGUUUUUUUUUUCUCCUGUUGGUUCAUUGUUCUAAUUCUCUAUUCAGAUUUUUUUUGUAAUGUUUGUUUUUUAAGAAAAGAAAUAAAAUGUAUCUUGAUUUUAAAGAAAAAAAGUUGACCCUAUCCAAUCUGUUCUGCCUGAUGGUUGGACCAGCCAUCCCUCCCUUAGGCCCUGUUUACACCUGCCGUUAACGUGCGUCUUGGUGAUCCGAUCGCAAGUGGACAGCUCCGGGGACGUCAGUUCACACCUGGCAUUAGUGACCACUUGUGAACAGAUCUCACUUCCGUUCACAAACAUUUCUGUUUGCAGAGACCAGAUGCGUUGUUGUUUAGAACUGGCGGGAGGCAGCGAUGCCCUUCCCGUGCCUAGUCUGCCGGAAAUUAAAAGAAGUUUGCUACGACCUCAAAGUCAAAACAACACAGACCGGGUCUGUUCCUCAGACGGCCCCUCCGCAUGUGGUCGGGGCGAUCGGAUAUCAGUGCGUCGUCAGUGCGUCUCGGGUGCAUUCACACCUGCACUUAGAGCUGUCCACUUGUGAUCGGAUCACCCAGGACGCAUGUUAAUGCCACGUGUAAACAGGGCCUUCUUUACUCCAGUCCUUUCAUUCUCUUCUCCCCCUCUCCCAGUCCCAUCAGCCUAAUGGUUACUGUCUGUAGAGCUUUUUGUUCAUCCAUUAGUAUUUCACACGCGGUUCAGAAUUAUCCAGUACUGAGGCUCAGAAAAGAUAGAAACGAUGAAGUGGGCAGCUCAGUAUAUAUCCGGCAUUCGUUUGUCUAUUAAUGCCUUAAUUUUCAUUGAGUUGAGUUUCAGUAGUGGCUCUAAUAAUGUCGUUGGAGGCCUGAGAAUGUAAUCUGUCCUCAUGUUUUAGGUCUUUGCUACAAGCAGCAAAUUAGGCUUAGAACAAGUCAACAAUUUGUAUGAUCAGCAGACCAUCCAAAGCCAUAAACGAUCUCAAAACUAGUGACUCGGAGAUCAGGUGCAGCACUUAUGAGAUUGUCCUUUUUUGCGAUAAGUAGUGUUUUGAUGUCAAAGCAAAAAAAUGAAAAGAAGGAAAACCUGCUAUUGUGAUCUUGGGAACAUAAAUUCAAGGCUGCAAUAGAAUCAGUCCUGGAUGUGCACAGGACACACUCGAACCUAGUCCUUGGUUCAGAAGCACAUUGAAUUGUUUUACAACUGUCCUUAUUACCAGGUUAGUGUGUUUUUCUACGUUCAGGUCCUGAAUUGGCACCCAAUCCUUAAUGUCAUUUUAAGACCAUUGGAUAUGAAUAAGAAACAAAAGUUUGUUUAUAUCAACCUGAAGCUCAGAGAGCUCUGUUUGCAGUAGGAUCAGUUACUGUCCUGUAGUUCACAGCGUCGAGGGCUUGAACGAGGUUCCUCUCCAUCAUCCCACAGGAGGCACAUGGCAUAAGGCUGUGAAUUUCUCCUCUUUCAUCCAUUCUACGAUUUCUUCUGUUGUACUGUUUUUGAUGUUUUUUUUCUAUCUACCCUCAGUUGUACUGGCAAUGUAAAUGUAAGCCAAGUUGUGAUUCCUACAGGAGACCAAGUGGAGAAACUUUUGUCAGUAGUGUGGAAAAGGAACGCUGAACUCUUGAAUCUUUUGCAUGUUGUGGAAAAAGUGCAAGGCGAUGAUGAUGAUGCUGGUAAUGGCAAUAUUGUGGUCUUAUAAAAAAAAAAAAGUAUUAACAACAAUGUUGAUAAUGUUUUGGUUUCCCAGCUUCUAAUAAAGGCAACCUACUUUUUA